CACAGAGCAACUUGUACUGGCAAACAGAUCAUUUGAACUGGCUUAUUCGGAGGAUGUGCAGUGAAGCCAUGGUUCUCCUGUCGACGGGGUUGUUGCUAUUGUUUUCUCUCCAGAGCUCAGCACUCGCCCUCCAAAAUGGCUCACUGCCCCUGCCUCGGACUUUCUCAGGUCACUAUGUCACCGAUGAGCCUAUAGACUAUGUUGAUCUGUCCGCGUUAGACAGUCUGACGGAUGACGAGGGGUCGGGCUCCCUGUCGGAGCAGGAGCCAGUAAAAGGCCACAGCCACCACGGCCCACGCCGUCAUCCCCAAAGACACUAUUCUGUCUCGGAGGAGGCCAAGGGUUUUCUCCAGGGUCGCCUGGCAACAUGCUUUGUCCCCACCAUUUACACCCUCGUCUUCAUCAUCAGCGUGCCCCUCAACCUUAUCACCGUGGUGAUGUUUGUGCAUCACAUCCGUCCCAGAAAGCCGGCGGUGAUCUACAUGCUGAAUCUGGCCUGCGCCGACCUUCUGUUUGGCCUGCUCCUUCCCUUCAAGAUAGCCUACCAUUACCAUGGCAACAACUGGAUCUAUGGCUCCUUCAUGUGCAAGGUUGUCACGGCGGCCUUCUACUGCAACAUGUACUGCUCCGUGCUGCUCAUCAUGUGCAUCAGCAUCGACCGUUUCCUGGCCGUGGUGUACCCCAUGAACUCCCUGACGUGGCGCAGCCCUCAGACGGCGUCGGCUGUGUGCGCCGCCAUGUGGCUGUUGGCCCUCGGUGGAGUCUGCCCUCUGCUGAUCUCAGGACAGACCCUCUAUUUGUCUGACCUGGGCAUCACCACCUGCCAUGAUGUGCAGGAUGUGGAAAAACUACGAGCUUACUAUCUUUACUUCUUCCCCAUCUACUCCUCGGUUUUCUUCUUCAUCCCCCUCGUCUUCACCGUGGUCUGUUACGUACGUAUCAUCCAGGCUCUGGCAGGAGCCAACGUGGCGAACCGCUCCAGGAAGACUCGGGCCGUGGUGAUGGUCGUGACCGUGCUGGUUGUGUUUGUGGUCUGCUUCACUCCCACCAACAUCAUCCUGAUGGUGCACUACGUUCAGCUGUCCCACAAGUCCAGUGACAGCUCCUACCGGGCGUACCUGCUCUCCAUGUGUGUGGGCAGCCUGAGCUGCUGCCUGGACCCUGUCCUCUAUUACUUUGGCUCCUCUCAGUGCCAGAGGCAGGUGGCGGCGCUGUUCAGACGUAGGCGACUGACACGGGCAGAGAGCAGCAGCAGCUCAGAGACGCAGAGCACCAGAACCAGUGGCCGAACAGACAGCAGCAGGUUAUGCAAGAUGGAGAGCGCUCAAACUGGCCUGGGGAGCCACUACAGCAGGCUGGUGGCUUGAUGCUCGGACAUGAAGAGGCGGCCUCUGAGAGACUUGUACACACACCCACGGCAUAAUUCAUCUAUAGGAAUUUGAAACAUUGCUGCUUGGGUUUGUUCAACAGAAAUACCAAGAGCAAACAAAAUGUUUGCAUAUUCGGUGUAAUGUGUAGUUUGAGAAAAGAAAAAGUUCUGGUUUUGAAGUGGUGUGUAUGCGGUGCUUUAUUGUGCUGGAUUUAUUUUCACUUUGAUUGGCUAAUUGGAUAUACCACUGUUAUGACAUAUAUUCACUACUGAGACAGUAAUUUCACAUCAAAGCACAAAUGUUUCUUUACUGGUUUUUGUUUCAAAUCCUUUUUUUUAUAUGAAUCACAGACAACUAAAUAAUAAAGAUAAUAAUAAUAAUGAAAAUUAUAAUAAAAACUAUGGUGAUAUAGAAAAUGAAUAAUAUAAAAUGGAUGAACUGAUCAUUUUAAUCGGAAGAAAAUUACAUGUGAUGUAAUAACAGCGUAUAAUUAUAAGACAAAAGUGGCUGCAAAGUCAUUAAUCACUUGAUAUUCACAAAGCCAAAAACAUGUGCAUGAAUACCAAAGUUUUCUGCUAAAGUGUGUGUAAUUCAAUCAAAACAAAAAACUACUACGUUACACAUAUAUGUGCUUAAUACAAAAGUUGCUUAAUCUCUUGUCUUGUCUUUUCCACUGCUCACUCUGUACUCUCUCUGUCAUCCGGGCACAGCUCUGAAACACAGGAAAACAUUUAAAAAAAAGAUUAACUUUGAGAAAAGAACAAAAGAAAGAACAGGCACAGUUUCCUGGAGCGUCAUGGACAAUGAUGCACCAUUUUCCAUUUCUUUUUCAAGUGCAUUGUCCAUCAUGGAAUUACUGCGAACAUACAUGUAUUAGAAAUGCAUACAGUAAAGUAUGAACUCAUAAUGUCAAUUCAUUUUUAAAUACAACAUCUCCACCUUGUGGAAAGAUUAA